AUGUCAAAUUACAAACCGUUAAUUAUCGAACUAUCAUUAGAUGUUUCAAGCUCAUCAGAUUCGUCAUCUUCCUCAGAUGUUAGAAGUACAAGUUCUUCAAUUCAAAGUCCUACUGAUGUUCAUCAAAAAGUUGUUGCAGAAGCAUUAGACUUUAAUAAAGAUUCUAAAGUUUUUAAAUUUAAUCAAUUUUAUACUCAUCAACCUAUAAACCAAGUGUUACUGUCAAAAGGUGACUCUAUUAGAAAUAUAAUUGAUAAAUCUUCCCCCAAAACAACAAAGAGUCAAAUAAAAACAAUUCUAGCUUCAGAUAUUCUACAAGCACCUGGUUUAAGAAACGACUAUUAUUCAAAUUUAAUAAGUUGGUCUCAUAAAACAAACAGGGUGGUAGUUGGAUUAGGUUCUAAAAUUUAUCUUUGGGGUAGUGAAGGUAAUGUAAAUCAAGUAAAUUAUGAUAAUGAAGAGCUAAUAACUGCAGUCAGCUGUUCAUUUGAACAUUGGAUAUUAGCAGCUACUGCAAAUGGUAAAAUCUUGUUAAUUGAUCAAAGAGAAGAUUUUAAUAAUGUUGUCACUGAGUUUAAACUCGAAGAUGGUAAAUGUGUAUUUUGCUUUGCUUGGUUUAAUGAUUCUCAUCAUUUUUUAGCUGGUGAUGAUACUGGACUUGCCAUUAACUCUACUAAUGAUGAAGUAGUAGUUGGAGCAAAUGAUAAUUGUUGUACAAUAUGGAGUUUAAAAGAUUAUAAAACUCCCAUAUUAAAAUUUAUUUUACAUCAUAAUGCUGCGAUAAAAGCAUUAGCUUAUUGUCCAUGGACUUCAUCAUUAUUAGCCACAGGAGGAGGUUCAAAAGAUCGUAGAAUUAGAUUUUGGCAUACAUUAAGUGGAACAUUAUUAAAAGAAUAUUAUACAGAUGGACAAAUAACUUCAUUAAUUUGGUCAAAAUAUAAAAAAGAAAUUGUUGCGACUUUUGGAUUUGGUGGUUCAACAAAAUCAAAUUUAAUGAGAUGUUAUUCAUACCCUGAAAUGAUACCUACAUUAGAAGUAAAUGCAAGUGGUAAUUUAAGAAUUUUAAGUGCUUGUUUAAGUCCUGAUUUUUGUUCAAUUUGUGUUGCAACUAAUGAUUCAACUAUAAGAAUAUAUCAUAUUUGGAAUAAGAGUAUGGAAAUUAAUUCUAGUUCAAAUAAUGACUCAAGAUUAGUUGGUGCUUAUGGUAGUGAAAUUAUCGAAUUAGUUGAAGGUAUUACCAAAAAGAAUCCAGUUAUAAGAUGA